AAUCGUAAAUUUUUAAAUGAAUGACAGAUCUGAUAUUAGAUUUUUUAGUAGACUUUCUGUCUUAUUUUUGUCUAUAUUUAGAGUCUGAAGGCAAUUGGGUGUCAAACGGUGAUGCAGAGACUGGUCCUUGUGAAACAGGUUAUGGUGUGACGCAUCCAACAGAUUGGUCUUAUAGUGGAACGAAUAUACAAAUGUAUUACGGGAAUUUCGAAGGAGAUCAAAUGCUUACUAGUCCAGGACCUAGUAAUCGUGGAAAAUGUCAUUUCUAUGGUGGAUGCUCGGCUGUAUCUACAAUGUGGCAAACUGGUAAUAUGACCAUUUCAAUCAAUGCUCGUCUUAUUGAUAAUCAAGAAGUUAAGUUUAAUUUCUCUGCAUGGAUUGGUGGUUAUUUAGAUCAAGAUGAUAAUGCUCAAGUGUCGUUAACAUUCUUAAAUCAAAGCAAUCAAAAUGUGGGCAAUAGCACCAUUCUUGGGCCGGUAUUAGCUAUAGAUCGUGAUAAUAUAACAUCACUACUCUUUCGACAAGCUACUGGUCUUGUACCGGUUGGUGCCCGUGCGUUCAUAGUUCAAGUGACUAUGACACUUGUAGUCGGUUCCUACAAUGAUGGUGAUAUCGAUAAUAUUGCACUUCUCUUAUAUCAAUGA